UUAAAAAAUAAUAACUCAACUUUCUCCUUUCUCUACAAAACAGAGCUGUGUUGUUGAUUUUCUCUUGUUUUUCAAGGAGUUUCGUGGUGAAUUCUGAAAUCAUUGAUGCAAUUGUUGUGGUCGAACAAAGAGGCUCGUGUUCAGUUGUGUUGGCUGUGAUUUUGACUUGGAUGUUGAAUGCUUUAAAAUGUCAAACUCUAUAACAACAUGCCCUUUAGGCCAACAUUGCAUUCAACAUUCAAGUCAUCCCCACUUGCUACUACUUGUUGACACAACAGAUACUAUUUAUAAAGGUGUUAAUGUUAGAUACUUUGCAUGCCGAUCCAAGAGCUCACCAUCAGAAUCAUCAGAUGGUGGAGUUUAUUAUGGCUGCAAUAGAUGUGAGUAUUUUCUUCAUAAACAAUGCAUUGACCAAUUACCACAAGAAAUCCAAACCUCUCACCAUCCUAAUCACAACCGUCUCUUCCUUCUUAUGAAAAGACACAAGUAUUGUAAAUGUAGCACUUGUGGAAAUACAGACAAAGAUGCCUUAUAUUUCGAAUGUCCUCAAUGCGAUUUCCAGUUGUGUUUAGAAUGUGGAGUGAGUGGAGGAACAAGAACCAUUAAAUAUGAAGAUCAUCCACAUCUUCUUUCCUUUAUGGAGAAAAUAAACAAUGCAGUUGAACAAUGCAAUGCCUAUACCUGUUUGAAGCAAUCAAUCAUGUGCAAUACCGAGGAAUUCCAUAAAACAAAUUCCUCCAAAUUUCAAUGUUUGGAUUGUGAUUUCAAACUUCAUUUAUUAUGUGGUCCAUUACCUUCUAUCAUAAAACAUGACAGUCAUAUGCACUCCUUAGAUCUUGUUGAUUUGUUCAUUGAGGAUAACUCUGGUGAAUAUUACUGCGACGUUUGUGAAGAAGAAAGAAAUCCACGAAUACGUGUUUACUGCUGUCGGAAGUGCAAAUAUAUCGCUCACGUACACUGUGUUAUCUCUGAGGUCAUAAAUGUAUUAAAAGGAGAUCUUAGAGAUGUGAAAUUGAAAGUGUUGGGAGAAGAUCUUUGGGAAUUUCCUAAAGAGAUUGAUCAUGCUGCAUCUCCUUUGACCUUAAGGGAUUUGAUACAUAAAUUAACUCAUCAAGAUGAGAUACACUUUUUGAAGAAUCAUUUUAACUGGGAUGAGGGAGACGAAGUGAGUACAACGACUACUGAAGUUGAGCCUGAAGAUGAUAAUAUUGAUGAGGUUCUAAAAUUUUCUAAUUUAACAGAAUUUGAUUUCUUGUUAUUUAUCUUCGGAGAGUUUUAUUCCACCUUUAACAAAAGGAAGUUGAGAAUAAAAUCUAGUGAUCUAGCGUGGACACUUAUUGACAUUAAAGGUUAUUCCAUACCUUUGUAUUUGGCAUCUCCUAUGAAAGCUUUGCUUCACAAAUAUGGAGAUAUUAGUAGAGGUGGUGGAAGACGAUAUAUUCAGUCGAGUUCUUUGAUUCAAGACAUUACUCCAAGAAGAUAUUAUUCCCAAGAAUUGAAGAGCAUGGGGUUUUUCUUUGUAUGUAAAGUGAUGAAAGAGAUGCAUACCACUUUGGUGAUAGACAUCACUAAACAUCUUCUUCAACAAUGGCAUCACUACUUAUACUUUGUAGAAGGGGCUGACUUCAACGUGGAUUUUCUAAUGGCAUCUCUAGAGAAUAUCACAAUAAAUUUCUACUAUCAACAAGUAAGUAAAGUACUUCACAUGAACUUCCCAAUGAAAAUAGAGAAGAAGAAAGAUGCCAUGCAGAAGAAGAUGGCUGAACUACAGAAGAAGAUUGAAGAGUACAAUGCUGGACUUGAGAAGCGCAAGGAACUCCAUGAGUCUUCUAGAAAAGAGAAAUCCAUGAAACAGGGCUUGGAAAACGCAAUGAAAGUCAACUGGAAGUUAGCAAGUGACAUUCGCUUAUUGAACAAAUCCUUGUAUAAAGUGUAGUUACUCCCUUGUUAUUAUAUUGAGGCUCUGUUUUCAGUUUUGGAAAGAAAAAGCCUUAUAUUUAGGCUCUGCUAUUAUAUUGGCACACUUCCAAAUUGCACACAAAAGUUACACGCAUUA